AUGUACGACAUUUCCGACGUCAAAGGCGCAGUCACCGCCGAUGGCAAGGCACACUACCAGGAGACGCACGAUUCCGUGUGUGCAGGCGCCAACACCGCCGCGCUGUUCGACCUGAAGGACCAGCUCCGCCCGACGAAGCCGCGCUGUACAAGGACCUGCCCGUGCUAUUCAACAUCGAAACGCGGCUUUCUUCAUGGAAUCCGACGCAGACAAUCUCGAGCUGAAGAUGUGUGA